CCCUUAGUCCCUGAGCAGACACUGUCUGACUGCUUGCCAGUAUACAUCUCCCAAGCUUUUCUCCACCAUCUACCAACUGAGACAAAUACCCCUACCCCCACCUCUGCCGAUUUCUGUGCCUAUCUCUCGUGCACGCUUUAGACGCCGGGAACGGCCGGCCAACUUUUGUACCGCAUAGGACCUUGAUUUGAGGGAGAAAGGAAGACCCACCCCUACAUUUCACAAUGGGAAGCGGAGCAAGUGCCGAAGACAAGGAAUUAGCCAAGAAGUCCAAGGAGCUGGAGAAGCAGCUGCAGGAGGAUGCAGACAAGGAGUCCAAAACGGUCAAGCUGCUGCUGCUGGGUGCUGGUGAGUCUGGAAAGAGCACGAUUGUUAAGCAGAUGAAGAUUCUCCAUCAAGGAGGUUAUACCAAAGAAGAACAACUGGAGUUCAGGGCGAUCAUCUUUGGCAAUAUCCUGCAGUCUGCUCUGGCCAUCAUCAGAGGCAUGGAGAUGCUGACGAUUGACUUUGGAGCGCCUGCUGGAGCGGAAGACGCUCAGAAGCUCCAGAAUCUGUCAGACUCCAUCGAGGAAGGCACCAUGCCCCCCGAGUUGGCUGACGUCAUCAAGAGAUUGUGGAAAGAUACUGGUGUUCAGGCCUGCUUCGAGAGGGCUGCUGAAUACCAGUUGAACGACUCUGCAUCUUACUACCUCCAGGAGUUGGACAGAAUCACAAAGUCUGACUACCUGCCAAACGAACAGGAUGUGCUGCGUUCUCGAGUCAAGACCACUGGUAUCAUUGAGGAGCAGUUUGCCUGCAAAGAGCUGCACUUCAGGAUGUUCGAUGUGGGAGGACAGAGAUCCGAGAGGAAGAAGUGGAUCCAUUGUUUCGAGGGUGUGACCUGCAUCAUCUUCUGUGGAGCCCUGAGUGCUUAUGACAUGGUGCUGGUGGAGGACGAUGAAGUGAACCGUAUGCACGAAAGUCUGCACUUGUUCAACAGUAUCUGCAAUCACAGAUUCUUUGCCACCACAUCCAUUGUACUCUUCCUCAACAAGAAAGAUCUCUUUGAGGAGAAGAUCAAGAAAGUCCACCUCAGUAUCUGCUUCCCAGACUAUGAUGGUUGCAACUCUUAUGACGAUGCCGCCACCUACAUCAAGUCGCAGUUUGAGGAGCUGAACAUGAAAAAGGGUGUGAAAGAGAUCUACUCCCACCUGACCUGUGCCACAGACACAAAGAACGUGGAGAUUGUGUUUGGUGCCGUGACAGACAUCAUCAUUAAAGAGAACCUGAAAGACUGUGGUCUGUUCUAAGAAGCUUGACGUGGAGAUUUCCUUCUCCUCUCUUCCCAUCACUUGGAUUCCUGGACCCUGCGCUUUAGGAACAGCAGGCUCAGUCACCUAUUGGUUGUGUUUUAUGAUGUCAUAAGACUGUUAAAACCUUUAAUUUCUAAACUGUCUACUGUCCCAUUCCUUCCUCACUACCUCCAGACACCCUAAAUGAUCCGUUAGAAAAGCCCCCAGUAGGAUACACAGUCCCCGGCCAAACCUGAAGGGAGUUGGCAAGCAUAUCCAACCAAUCGAGCUAAGAGGGCUACACCUGCUGGACACAAUGUGGAUGAUGACCUUUAGAGGGAAAUAUGGAGAAAGAAAAUGACAGCAGAUGGAGAAUAGGCUGUCUGCUAUGGUUAGUAUCUUAGAUAUCCUGGCUUAUUUCUGGCUUUGUUCAUUUGUAUUGAAGAGUUUCCAAAGCUGCCAAUGGACUGGACUGCUACACGUAUAAAAGGAAACAUUUUGAGAAGGUCCAGUGUAUUCACCAGGCUCAGACAUUGCUCUUGCCCCAUAAUUUUUUGAUGUUUUUAUCUAGUAAAAAAAGUAUCUCAAAUGUUGUUGGUUUAAAUCGGCUGACUGUUUGCACCUGGUGUAAUGCAGUUGAUAAUUUUUCUUAGCUAAUUUGAAUAUGUAAGUUCAAAUAGCCAGGCCUACACUGGACUUAAAGAAAAUGUUCACUGCACACAUUAGACAUUUAUUUUGUAAAUACAAAGACAGAAUAGCGGACCUAAUCUCCUAAUGCUCAACUACUGACAAGUCUAUCAUCAGUGGCACAUUUAGCAAUGUACUAUUUCAUUUUGACAAACUUGUACAGUAACUAUACGUCUUGUCUCGUGAAAAAUUAAACAUUCUGAAUAAAUAUAUAGUGAAACUGU